GGCGCUACUCCAGCUCGAGUCCUGGAGAUCACUUUUUGUUUCAGACAGGAACUCAUUGAGGACGAUCAGCCUUCUGCAUCAGAGCAGUUUUUCCACCAGCGACAAUGUAAAAGAAGAGACUUUUCAUUCUAAAAGCAUGUAGAAGUGAGAAGUUUACAGCCUUUUUUCCCUCUGUGGUGAAAGGAGCUGCCUGUGCGCAGCUGUGACUUUUAACGAUGGAGAACAUGAGCCUGGGCUGUCAGGUGAGUGAAUGAGUGAGUAACAGCUGAUGCGACGUCUGUUUGUCUCGCAUGCGUCAAGUUUUUACUUUUUUCACUUGUGGUUUGUAGCUGUAAUGCAUGACGAAGUAUUAUCUGUCUACCCAGUUUACUGUAAAACUUCUGUUUUGUUUGUUUCGUUGCGCACUUGUGAUUAUUUGACGCUUAACGACGCCUCCACCAUUACAACUAAUUACUUCAGCCUCACCUCUUAACACGUCUCCUGAAGUGAAGCAGCGUGGGCAAAUGAGACUGUUUAAGAUUAAAGACACCCACAAGAAAAAUAGUAAGCUAUUAAAGUAAAUAAAACAUAGGAUAAGUAAACAAAAAUCACAAUUUUGUACUUCAGAAGUCAAAUUAUGAAGAAAUCUUAAGGAUGUGCUGUGCUUUUAACCUAUUUUAUAAUCAAAUAUAAAGUGAAUUUGUCAGAUGCCAUUACCAAGCGUGGGCAAGGUUUAAAAUUGUGAAGUAAAUAUGUGUUGGAUUGAUUCCAGGAUAAGAUUGCACUCUGCUCUGAACAGCUUGUUGAAAAAGUCCUAUGAGAACUUGUAGGGAUCCACUUAAGAGUUGCAUAAAUUCUGAAGUUACUAAUUGAUGACCCCCCCAUUAAAAAACAAACAAACAAACAACAGCAGCAGCAUAAAUUUAACCCUUGACUGUUUCAUUUUUUAUUUUUUUGUGGAUUUUAUCCUUAUGACCAACUGACACUAGUCAAUUCAGUGAGGGAAACUUUUAAGAAUGCAACAGUCCAGGAGGGUUAGGCUAUAGAGUGCCUCCAAGAGUUAGUACCCCUUUUAGACAGGGGUUGAAAUGAGGAUUUUCUAAAUCACCAGCCUAUGAUGAAUUAAGAAGACCUGAUGAUGUGUCUCAAUUUCUUGGUGGAGAUGUCAGGCUGAAGCUGUCCCUUGGGAGGACUUGGCCUAGCUUAAGGCUACUGUGCUAAGUACUUACAGCCUAAAUCAACAUACUCUGUUUGCUUUGCAUGUUGAACAGUUUAGUCUCAAAUAGAACCAAGCAUGUCCAGUGUGAUGAAACACAGGAAGCUCUGAAGACGAGUCAAGAUGGACCUUCUGGCCUUAGCCGUUGGUUCUCUAUCUGCUGGGGUGUAGGGACAUCAGGAGAAGUAGAACCAAACAAAACAAACAGAGGCCCAAACUGUCUGUGCAGUGGCUAUGGCUGAAGCAGUUUCUGUCUACAGUUGUUGUCAGGUUGGAAACUCCCCUCCCCCUCCCCACUCCCUCUCCCAACAAGACAAGUUUUCUUGAAGUAACUCAGCAUAUCCCCUCCUGUGGUGCGCCAGCGAUCGCCUUGUUUGCAUAACAAACUGAGUGUUCACGGGUGAUUUAGUACUGGCUAAAAGCCCUCCAAGCCGAUCAGCUGCCCUUUGGUCUUUAUAGGUAGAACAGCAAAAGCUGGUCCUUCUAGUGUUAAGUGUUGAGAAAAUCAAAUCAAGCAGGUUCAAAUCAGGAGAUAAGCCUGUCCAAGUUGCUUCCAAGGAACUUUAGUCAACAUUCAAAUGAACAAAGUCAAUGAGCGUAAAUCCUGCAGAAUCAGAAUAAGGUAACAGAAAAUCUCUCUCCUUCACAGCAGAUUUGGUAGGCAUACACUUACUACUAGGACCAUGGGUUGGCCCAUUUUUCUUUGUGCAAGUUGCAAACUCUGUUUUUAAUGGUGACAUCCUGAGUCCCUCAAAGUAAAGACUCCUCCUCUAUGUCCUCACAAUAUUAGAUCUCUGAUAUAAUGAUGUUCAGGAAAUGCUCAGUGAUUCUAUGUCACAAUUUGGCAAUGGCUGACUGUUGAUCCAAGGGGAAAAACACAGAAGUCUAUUCCUGAAAAAAUAACGCUUCUACAUUGGUCUGUUGGCUGAAUUCCUAGAGAUGGUGCCUGGUUUUUGGGCGUCCUUAGGGCAGGGCCUGGCUUAACCCAAGGCUCCUGUACUUAAACACUUAUCUGAUCUAGUCUAGUCUUCUUAAAAUGCUCCAAGUGUUGAAUUUUCAUGGAAGGAAAAAUGCUGAUUCGAAUCAGGAAGAAAAUUCAGCCAAGAUGUGUACAAGGAACUUUAUCCAAAAAUAAUUCCUUAUAAAAGUGUCGGUGUUGUAUGUUGAACGGACUUUCCAAUUAAACUUGAUCAGGUUUAUGUUAAUUUCUUACAUUCUGACUGCAGGGUUUUACAUUAUGAACUACUUUGAUUAGCAGAGGAGAGUUACAAUCAAUCAAUCAAUCAAAUUUUAUUUAUAUAGCGCCAAUUCACAACAGUCGUCAUCUCAAGACGCUUUUCAAAGAGCAAGAGCAGGUCUAGACCACGCUCAUUGUUUGAUGAUCAAGAACCAACCUGGGAUGGGUUUUGGUCCAUCUCAACUAAUAUGAGUAGCAGUGGCAAGGAAAAACUUACUUUUAACAGGCAGAAACCUUGGGCAGGACCAGCCUCAUGUUAGACAGCCACCAUAACGCUGCUGGGUUGGGGAGGAAUGUAGAGAGAUGGAGGGAGAGAGAAGAGAGAGAGAAGAGGGGAGAGGGCAGGGGGAGAGAGAGAGAGAACAAGAUAAGGGAAGGCAAGAGAGAAUGAGUAAGGAGAGGGAGGGGGAGGGAGAGAGAAAGAGAACGAGGGUGAGAGAGAGACAGGGGGCAGCAGAAACAACAGCAACAACAACAACAGCUCAUAUAAUGGUGAAACAAAAAAGAGUUCAGUUUACAGGGUUAGGAUAUGAGUGAUUAUGGACAAUGAUAAAUUAAUUGAGUGUGAUUACAGUUAGCAGGCCUAAUCGUAGUCAGCUCUAGUUUAUGUUAUUAAUGUCAAUAAUGUCAGUGAGGCUGAUGUUCAUGUCUGCAGUAACAGUCCAGAGGAAUCCAAGAGAAGAAGGGAAGAAGGAGCUCAGGGCCUGAGGUGGACAAUCAUAGACAGUAAUCAACUCUAGUUUCAUGUUAUUAAUGUCAGUGAGGCUGAUGUUCAUGUCUGCAGUAACAGUAACAGUCCAGAGGAAUCCAAGAUAAGAAGGAGCUCAGGGCCUAAGGCGGACAAUCGUAGACGAUGCGGCUAGAGUCAGGCAGGUCUGCAGCAGCCAUCAGUUGGUGUUUCCUCUGUUGUAUCCUGUCCGUUUGUGAUGUGUAGAUGCAGAAGGAGAUGCAGAGGGAGACUUUGUGAGCACCUUUGUGAGCAGUUUCUGCCUUUUCAGGGGUCCUCUGUUUAGUCUUUGUAGAAAUUUUCCAAUUUGUUGUGCCGUCACCUGCAGACAGUUUCUUUUUUUUUAAUUUAUUCUUUAUUUUAUCAGGCAGUCUCAUUGAGAUAAAGAUCUCUUUUACGAGAGAGGCCUGAGAACAAGGAACAUUCACAAUCAACACACAACACAACAAACAAACAAGAGGUAAAAACAAAGGAAUCAGUUAAAACAGUUUCAGCGAUUAUUGAAAACAUCAGACAACAAGUAUUUAAAAUCUCCAAGAUGAUUGAAAGAGUCCAGUUUAAGAGCGGUUUGCAGCUCAUUACAUUUAAAGAGAGCAUAGUAGUUGAAACCCGUUCUGCCAAUAUUAGUACGGAUAUAUGGAAUAUCUAAGGUGAGAUAGUUACUGGAUCGUGUUCUGUAGCUACUAGGUUUAAAUGACAGAAGAGAUGUGAGGGAGCUGGGAAGCUUCAGCAGAAGGGCUUUAUAGAUGAAUAACAUGAGAUGGAUAUUUCGACUGUAAAGAGGUCCAGACAACCUUUUGAUAGAGGGAACAGUGAUGAGUGCGAAAUGUGUCAUUAGUGAUGAAACGUAGUACACUAUGAUACACAGGGUUUAACUGCUGAAGAGUUGAUGGAGCUGCAGGGCAAUACAAGACGUCACCAUAGUCAAGGACAGACAUGAAGGUGGAUUGUACAAUGAUUUUUCAGUUGGUUGGUGAUAGACAGCCUCUGACUCUGUACAGAAAGCCCAGUUUAAUUUUAAAAUUUUGGGUUAAUUUCUGAUAGAUUACUGUCUAGCCAAAUUCCUAAAUAUUUGUAGGAGUCAGUGAGGGUAAUUUGUGAACCAUUUAGGGUUGUGACUGUGGAAAGGUCACAGAUUCUAAUGGUGGAUGAUGUGGAGAAGAUCAUGCAUUUAUUUUUUCAGCAUUUAAGACUAGUCUGUGAUUAUGGAGGGAUAAUUGAAAAGAAUCAAAGGCAGUCUGUAAAUUGGAGAGAGCUUGGGCUGGGGUAGAACUGGGUUCAUAUAAAAUACAGACAUCAGCAAAAAAAUGGAUGUUACAAUUUUGGAUUGGUAGAAUAACAUUAUUCACGUAAAGUGUAAAUAGCAGUGGACCAAGGAUAGACCCCUGCGGCACCCCAUUUAUGAUAGUGAGUGGACUAGAUUGAAAACCAUCAAUGCAAACAGUCCAAGUUCUGUCAGAGAGGUAAGAAUGGAACCAGUUAAGUGAAGAGGUAUCUAGACCUAUGGACUGUAAUUUGGGAAGUAACAUUUUAUGAUCGACAGUAUCAAAUGCUUUGGAGAGGUCAAUAAAAAAGAGCAGCACAAAACUGUUUCCUUUCUAGAAAGGAGACAAUGUCAUUUAAGACUGAAACUGUGGGUGUGACUGUGCUAUGACCAGGGCGAAAACCAGACUGUUGUAGCUAAAGUAUGUUUGAUGAAAUCGAUAAAUAGACGUAGCUGAAGAUUAACCAAUGAUUCCAGGAUUUUAGCUAAAAAUGGAAGUUUGGAAUUGGACGGAAGUUAUUGAGGUCAGAGAUAUCACCAUUUUUAUGUAGGGGAGUUACAGAUGCUUUUUUCAGGGAAGUUGGGAUGAUGCCAGUUGCAAAGGUUUGGUUAAAAAUGUGAGCUAAGAGAGGACUGAUGAAAUAAGCACUUAGUUGAAGGAGAUAUGAUUCAAGGUGAUCUGCACCUGCUUUUUUGGAAGCCUUAAACCUACAUAGAAUUUUGAAAACAUCAGUACUGCUUACUGAAGCAAGAGAAAAUGUAGGUUGUGAACUGAGGACCUCCUCCAGAGGACAGUUACGGUAAGUGUUUUCGGAAGAUGGAGUAGACAAAUUACUGUAUAAAAGACCAGAAGAUAAGACGUGAUUGUUAAAGAUUUCAACCAUGGACAAUUUAUCUGAAGUAUAACCAGAUGUUUGUUUAAUAUGUGGAGGGAGCUGGGAGCGAGAAGGAUUCUUAAGAGAUGCCAUUGUUUUCCAGAAUUUAGCAGAGCUAUCAGAGGCGGAGAGAGCUGAGAGAUAAUAAUUGGAUUUGGCCUUCCUGAUCAUACUGGUGCAGAUAUUUCUUUUUUGUUGAAAAACUAACCAGUCUUCGGCAGUACCACUAGAUCUAGCCUUGGACCACACUUUAUCUCUACUAUGGAUGACAUUGGCGAGUUGUGGCGAGAACCAGGGACUGUAUCUGUUUUUAACUCUAUUUUUUAUAAUCCGCAUGUCUGUCAGCAAUAACGUUAAAAGAAUGCGAAAAAUGUGUCAGUGCCUCAGAAGGGUCUGAUAAAGUGAGGGUGUCAAUGUUUGAAGAAGAUAAAUCAAUAAGAAAAUUCUGGAGAUUAAAAUGUUUGUAGUUUCUAGUGGAAAUAUAGUGAGAGUGGAAUUUAGGAAUUUUGGUGUUUCUGAUGCAGGCAAUGGGACAAUGAUCACUGAAGCAGUGUAAUUGUGUGGUCUGUUAGUAAGAAUAAUGUCAAUUAAAGUAGAAUGGGGAUUUUUAUUCACUAGAUAAAAAUCUUAUCAGUAAUUUUCCAACAUGUUCACUCUGUGCAGUAAGAGUUUUCAACAAAUGUUGAAAAUGUUCUCUUUUUUUGAUGUCAUUAGUUUUCUCCAUAACCUACCACUUACACAUGUGGUUAAGUAUCUUAUUCGACGAUUCCAACUGGUGGUCUCAAGACAAAAUGAGUCAAAAAUAUAGAUUUUUGUGGAAAAUCCAGCGUAAACUUAGUAAAACAAAACACAGGAGACAGGAUGACAUCUGAAAAACAGCCUUGGCAUCUUUUAUUAUACUGUGGUAUCUGGAGUACAGCAUCAACAUACAAUGGCUUGAGGUAUUUUCCAAAGUUUGCCUGAAAUAAUCAAAGUGUGGAAUGUGGGCAUUGUGUCUCUUGGCUGCUGAGCGUUUGCAGAGCACAGGUCACAGGUCACAAUACCAGACUAGAUAAAAACCAGAUAGUAAUGAAAGAUAGCUUGGGAACAAAGACAGGAUGUAGGAGGACCUACAUCUCUGACCGUAUAUAACAGGAUCACAAACUCAGGUUUGAGAGAGCUGGACAUCAUUGGCAGUCCUCUCCCAGCAACUGCAGUGCUGUUAUGAUACUGGUGUUGUCUUUGUAAUAAACUCUUAUGAUACAAGCAAGCCAGUGUCACGAAGCUUCCUUCUGCAUCUACACAUCGCGGACAGACCAGAUGCAACAGUACAGAUGUAGAAAUCAGUACAGAUGACAAACAGAGUCUCGACCAAACCUGAUGAAAGCCUCUUUAGCUUUUUCUUCUACUACCUUUAUACUGUUAGGUGUGUAUCUAUAUACAAUCAUUGUUUACUGCUUGUACCUCUGAUAUCUCUAUGUGUGUGUGUGCGCAUGAGUAUUCUGUCAUCAUGGGUAUAUCAUAUCAAUUCUCCAGAAGGCUACCCAUGAUGACAUGUCGUACUGUUCUGACCCUCAACACUUUGUUGAGACUAGUCUUAACUCUUGCAGAGAUUAAAAUGUUCCGACAGACAGAGUUUUGGUCCCUGCAAGACAGCCUUGCUUACAACCUUGGUGGUGUGUGUCCAAGGCUGCCUAGAGACUGUGCUGCAGAACUGUGUCAACCUCUCCACAAGAUCUUCAACCUGAGUCUACAGCUGGGGCGGGUACCUGCUCUGUGGAAAACAUCCUGCAUUGUGCCAGUACCAAAAACAAAAUGUCCUGAACUGAAGGACUACUGACCAUCGGCCCUCACUUCACACAUCAUGAAAACCCUGGAGCGGCUGAUUCUACACUGUGGUGGCAAGUGUUCUGUUCUACGCUGCAGUCUGCUGGGGAGGAAGCAUCAAACACAAAGAUGCAAGACGUCUUAACAAACUGGUGAAAAAGGCUGGCUCUGUGGUAGGACUCGAGCUGGACUCAGUGGAGGAUGUGGUGGAGAGAUCUACAUUGAGGAAGGUGGAGACUAUUCUCAAGAACAUGGAUCACCCACUUCACAACACCUUGAUGGACCAAAGGGCCAGUGGUGGUGGACGGCUCCUCUCUCUUCGCUACAGGACAGAAAGAUUCAGAAGAUCUUUUUUAAGACUGAAAACCCUGCUUGGCUGUUUCAACAUGGAAAGAAUCUUAUGGACCCACGCCCUGGGCGACCAUCCAUGUUCUGGAUACGCUGAUACAAUAUCAUUUGCAUAGUAAAAUUCUCAACUUAUGGUAAUACCAUUAAUUUUAUUGUAGCAACCUUCAACAAACCCCUUGAUUAAUGUGUGAUCACUGUAGUCCUUUAAACUCUGCGAAUUAAACGUAUUGAAUGCCUGAUUUCAGCUCAGUAUCUCAGUUCACUUAAUGUAUUAUUUGUGUUGCUCAGAGUCCAUUCCUCAUCUUCGUCUCCUUCAGGGAACAGUUCAGGUCCAUACAACACAUACAACAUAUAACAGCCAGCCGGGCUGAAGGGACCCAGAGACAGCGACCCUAGCAGCAACCAAGACACAGCUCCCAGUGUAGGGGACCCCCCUAGAUGGCCACAGCACAGUAUAUUUUAGGAGCCCAUGCAAGGCUAAAUAGGUGGGGGGGACCCCUUGUUCCGGGUCUCCUCCUGAGGCCUAUGGCGCCUUCUUAAAGUCCCACUCCGAUCAUUUUUUUUUACUACUUUAAGUGUUCUCAGUGGUCUUCAAAUUGUGAUUAUGAAGUUUUUACCAAAAAUCGCAUUAGCUUUGUUAUUUACAGUAGUCUGACUCAAAUCAGGAGAUGAGGCUGUCCAAGUUGCAUCCAAGUAACUUUAUUCAGCAUGCAAAUGAACAAAGUCAGUGAGAAUGAACUCUGCAGAAUCCAGACUGAGGUAACAGGGAAAAUCCCCUCCUUAUACAGUAGGCGUUCACUUCUUGUUAUAGUACCAACCCUUUUUCUUCGAAAUUAUCCAAUAAGGAUGUCCCAUAAUUUCGCAUGUUCAAAGAGUGAUGUGGGGCCUCAGCAACUCACGUAAAUUUAGAUUAGCUAUGAACAGCUUGUCCAAGAGAAGAUACAGAACUUCAUCAAAAAAAUGACUCCGCACAAUGCUACUGCGCAAUGUUGGUUUCAGGAAGUGGAGAAAAAACGCGGAAUUACUGAGAGCUUUUCGGCUUCAAAUCUGUAUACUGGCAGAAGGCAGAACCAAGCUGUCCAUAGUAUAUACAGUCUAUGGUGACAACCCUUAGUUAUAAGUUAGAUUCAGAUUUGAAUCACUUGCAAUCGAUCAAUGUAUGUAAUUUGUCUCCAAAAUUAGCUCCAGGUUAUGCUUCCGAAGUUUCUUACCAUUUCAACAAAAUGUGAGGUAUAUGUGACACAGAGAACCCACUUAUUAUUUUAGCUCAUGUGUUUUCUUCUCCAUGCCUUAUUGGUCAGUCAUAAAAACAGCUUUAGACGUGUAAUGGGGAGAAAAUUCUAUCUUAAUGUCAAAAGCUGUCAUGCUAACAGUCCCUAAAUUCCUACUUGUACUAUUGCUCAGGGUAAUUAUUCAUGUCCGAGCUUUGGAGAGCACAUGCCACAGUUUGGUACCUUUUUUUAGAGUUUAGAAGAUGACCUCGGUGCAAGAAUGCAGGAAUGAACUACACGAAGACAGAGUCAAGCUGGCAGCCGCUCGCGGGAUUUUAUUCUGGUCACAGCAUACAGAACAAUCGAACAGACAGAACCCAGAACAGAAAACCACAGAUCUCUUAUAGUACUCCAUUGACGUCACUGAUCCCAACUUUUGCCAAAUGUGUGUGCGAAGCUACCUUCGUGUGUGUAUCACUUUCCCGUGGGAGAGCUCCCUACGUGACUUCUCCCCUGCCACUAUCUCUUGAAGCCAAAUUCCUGUUAUUGCACCACAGUUCACCAUGACCCGAUAAAGUUUAUGUUAUUGCAACACAGUUUAUCCUAACCUGAUAGAGUUUAUGUUAUUGCAACACAGUUCACCAUGACUGUGUUGCAGUCCUGUUUUCUUGCUUCAUAGCAACCUCCAAAACAUCCAACCACAUCUGUUAUUUUCCCCCACAAGAGAAGAUAGGAUCGUGACAGAGAAGGAAAUGGGUAGUGUGGUACCUGGAGUACUACUUCAACAUGCAAGGCCAUGAGGUAUUUCUCAGAAACAGCUUGAGGUGACCAAAGUGUGGAAUGUGGGCUUGUGUUUUUCUAGGCCCUCUUUAAUGACGUUUGCAGGUCACAGGUCACAACUCUUAAGUUAAAAAAAAAAAACAGAUGGUAAAGAAAGAUAGAUUGGGGACAAAGACAGGAUGUAGGAGGGCCUAUAUCCCUAACCAUCUAGAGUCACAAACUCAGGUUUGGGAGAGCUAGACAUCAUUGGCAGUCCUCUCCCAGCAACUCCAGUGCUGUAUUGAUACUGGUGUUGUCUUUAUAAUAAACUCCUCUUAAGCAAGCCAAUGUCACGAAGCCUCCCUCUGCAUAUACACAUUGCGGACAGACCAGAUACUACAGUAGAGGGUGCUGGAAUAAAAGGAGCCACAGGCUGGGAUCAAACCCUCGUCUCUGUAUAUGGGGCUCAUGCUUAGACCGUGACAGUAAACUAAUAGAACCUGGAGAGCCACUGAGAGGAAGCUGGUGGUCUCUGACAAACUUGACUGUCACUUCACAAUCGGACAGAUCAUUUUUAACUUCAUUAAAUGUUGUGGUAUUCCAUUUGCAGUCUUUCACAGAUGAAAUGCAGGUUUCUAGAGCGCUAAAAGAGUGUGUUUUACCAUCUAAGUCUAGAGAUGAGGGUGUUGUGUGACCUUCUCAACAGCUGACAGGUGGUAAAUCAAACACUGAAGACCUGGACGUGAAUUUUAAUUCAGAUAGACUUUAAUGCAGUCUGUCUCUAUGGGCAGUAGACUUAACCCUCAGACUGACCAAUGGGAGAAGCUGGAGGAUUACUAGUAUCAUCUCUGAGUCUAAACAAGAGUGUGAAGGGAAGAUUUAUGCCAUCCUGUGUCCUUAAACACUUAGAUAAGGGAUCUCCUCUGAGGUGAGUGAGAUUCAGAAGGAGACUGCGUGACGCUUGCUUGCUUUUUGAUGGAAAUAGGAAUUUCAAGACCCCUGUAUAACUUCUAAAAUUAUUCAAUCUGACUCCAAAUAGUCACACACCUAUUUCCACACCGAUCGUUGAAUAGGGAAGGAGGAGAAGGAGUCCGUCAACUUUAGAUUCAACAAGAUUUAUUCACAACAGUAGAGAAUAGAAGUUUACAGAGUCUGGGUUCAAUCACGCUUCCCUGACAAGAACAUGAAGCUGGGUCAGUUCAUGAAGUCUGAACCCCGUCUGUCUAUCUCUCAACUAGGGCUGGGCGAUAUGGGAAAAAGUUUAUCACAAUAUAUUUUUUUCAUAUCAGUCAAUAUCGAUAAAUAUCACAAUCCAGUUACACCAAAUGUUCAGAUGACCCUGUCUACAGAGGUAGAUUAUAGAAAGAGAGAUAAGAGAAAAUAUACCUGCCUGCUAACUGACCCUGAGCGACCUACUUCACUUGUGGUUACCAGGCAUCUCCCAGACAUCUUUGAAGUCACACUAAGUUUCAUUAAACAUCAUUUGUAAUUUUCCACACAGCUAAGCAGUUCCUUCUUUGUACUAGUCUUUGUAACCUACCACUGUACUGAGAAUCCACUAUCCUCAGGAGCUUAAAACCCUCUUUAUUAAGACUAGGUAACAUCACCGCAAAUGAGCACAUUUAAACAUAAUUAUACGACUUCCAGUACACUUCAGUUCAUACUAUCAAUAAGAUUCCUCACAAAGAUAUAAGCCAGUAAUAUCUUUCAGUUUCUGAAGACACCAUUUCACGAAAUUCUGCACUUUGCAGAGGGGUAUUUACAUUAAGUGGUCCUAAGUGAUACCAUUAAAAACAUAAAGUCAGCAACUUUUAUGAAGAAAAAGGGGUUGACCCAAGAUCAUGAGUGUAGGUGUAUGCCUACAAAGAUGUGUUAUUGUAAGGAGGCCUAGCCCUGGUCCACACUUGAGAGAGUAUAAGGUCCACAUGAAUGAUCAGUUUGAAAGCUUUACUGGUUGCAGAUCUGAGUUACAGCUUCAGCAUACCGCAAGUGUAACAAAGACUAUGGUAGAUUUCAUAGAUGCAAAGGUGCAAAAAGGGACCACCAGAAGACAGAUCAAGUUGGCAGCCUUCUUGCGGGAUUUAUUGUAGUUAAAGCAUAAACCACAAUGUCAUGACAAUCAGACGGACAGCAGAAGCCAAAUAAUCCCAACAUCUCCUAGAACUGUUUUCCCUUUUAUACACUCCAACGACGUCAGUCGUUAUUAUCUUCCUGUAAGUGGUCUGUUGGGUCUAAAACCUGCAACAAGUAAUUGACUCAGACACAAAGAAGAGAAAGACAAUGGUAUUAGAUUUCUUACUCGCGAGGAGAACGGUUAGAGAUACGUGCAGUUACAGUCUCCAAACACUCUGCCCGUAUCUUGCCGUUUCCUCUCUUUUUAUUGUGCUUAGGGCGGUCCCAGGUUACAUAGCGCUGCAUGCUUCUAAAGGAAAUGGGGAAACUACUUACUUCUGCAGCCAAAUUUUUUAAAUUUUUUUUGCCAAAUUUCCUGUUGAAAUUUGGCAGAGCCAUAUGUGACAAGGUCAACGUGACCUCUCCGGCCGUGGCCUGCAUCCUGUUUUUCAACACGCUGCAAAACCAGGCCACUAAGUCUGCUCUCUUGCGCAGAUUUUCUUUGCUCAAAUCUAUUGUUUAUAUUUUCCCCUACAAGACUGGCCUGAGAGGGUUCAGGUUUAUAUAGCCACCCGCAUUGUCAGACAUUCUGCAGACAUCUUGUUGACAGUAUAAAGAGUCCAUAGAUUAAUGACAAAGCACAACAUAUUUUGGGAGCUUGAGUGAUGUUAGACAGGUGGAGAAGGUCCUCGUUCAGGAUGGUUUUCAGAGGCCCAUGGCUCCAGGAAUCUAGCACCAAAAUAUCAGUGGUAUUUGGGUUACACAGCUCCAACACACUAAAGGCUGACCUGACUGGUGAUGUUGUGGUAUCUGGAGUACUGCACCAACAUGCAAGGCCUUGAGGUUUUUCUCAGGUAGAGUCUGAGGUGACCAAUUGUGGAAUGUGGGCUUGUGUUUUUCUUUUGUCUCCUUAAUGGUACCUGGGUCGGGAUAUCCUGGAAGUGGCACGUUUGUAGGUCACAGGUCACAGGUCACAGUUCUAGGUUAACUAAAUCCAGAUGGUAACGAAAGAUAGCUUGGGGACAAAGGAAGGAUGUAGGAGGGCUUACAUCCCUAACCAUAUAGGGUUACAAACUCUGGUUUGGGAGAGCUGGACAUCAUUGGCAGUCCUCUCCCAGCAACUGCAGUGCUGUUAUGAUACUGGUGUUGUCUUUAUGAUAAACUCCUCUUAUACAAGCAAGCCAGUGUCAUGAAGCCUCCUUCUGCAUCUACACAUCGCGGACAGACCAGAUACUACAAUUUGUCUCAAUUCUCCAGGUGAUGUCUGCUCAAGCUGCCCCUAAGGAGGUCCUGGCCUCUGCAAAGACUCUAUGCUAGACCAUAUUAGCUUUAUCCUAGCUGGCUUGGUUAAGUCAAAGUGUUGAGUCUUCUUAGAAGGGAGGCAAUCAGAUCCAAAUCAGGAGAUGGGGCUGUCCAAGUUGCAUUCAAGGUACUUUAUUCAGCAUGUAAAUGAACAAAGUCAGUGAGAAUGAACUCUGCAGAAUCCAGAAAAUCCCCUUCUUAUAUAGCAUUUCACAGUAGGAGUUCACUUCUUAUCAUAGUACCAACCCUUUUUUUUAAUGUAACUUCUAAAACCCUUGUUUCUAGUGGUGUCUGGGCAAGGCUGAUGAAGCAAAGCCCCUUUCUGAUGAGCUCAGCCAUCAGGUGUUGUUUUUCUAAUGGUGUCUUGAGACCUCACCAGUUAUAAACAAUAUAAGGCCCUAUGAUUGGGCCUCAGGGUGCCUCCUGUACAGACCUUAUUUUAACAGCACUGUGACCAUCAAAAUGCCCUUCAGCGGUUUCUGUGAGAAGGUGACAAAUAUACUUUCUGUAAGCAUAUAUUGAACAUUUUCCAAUAAGAAUGACCCAUGAUCUGACAUGUUUUAGAAGAGGAGCCCAGGGCCUCACAACAACACAUCAUGUGAAUUUAUAAUAGCUGGGCAUGGGAUGUCUAAGAGAAGAUACAGAACAUCAUCUAAAAAUGAGAACAUCAUCUAAAAAUGAGAAAAGUGUUCAGUGUAGAAAUCUAAGGCGAGGCUAGGCACUGCUAUUGGGACAUCCAGAGUCAGGCAACAUCAAUGUGAAAUUGAGACAUGACACUGUCACUGGCACAGUCAGUCAGGACAUAGUAAAAGCUCCUCUGAAUACCUUCUAUGGAGCAAUUCCCAGGAAGCAUAAACUUCAUCUUAAAUGGUUUCACAACAGUCUUUAACAUCUCUAACACAUUACACCUGUAUUACCUUUCUGCCUGGCCACCAGUCACCAAAAACAUGUGGACAAAAGAGUGUUCAUGAACCCCUUUGGUGUGGAAAUGCACAGUUUAAGUAUUUAUUAUUAUUGUUAUUAUUAUUAUUAUUAUUAUUAUUAUUGUUAUUGUUGUUGUUGUUGUUAUUAUUAAUAACAUACAUUUUAAAAGUGCACUCAUUGGUAAAUAAAGUGCAGAAACAGUGGGCUUAGAGAACAAAAUUAUUAUAUUUCUGUUUCGUUGACGCACCUUUGUUUUGUUUUAUCGUAGGUGUGUUGUGCCAAGUUUCGGCGGAUCGGUGAAAUCAAGAAGCACAUUUCUUCAAAUACGCAUAAAAUGGUGAGAAUCAAACUGCAACCACACAUGCAUUCGAUGAGUUUAUAUGAACUUUUACUGAUGGUACUUCUACCACAUGAUCCCGGGAUCAUGUAGAUAACUCACUGGUCACUUUACCUGUUUACCUCUGUUACCUCGUUUACUUGGUACAUAGGAGUCAAUAUUUGUUUAAUUAUUUUAAUUUUAUUUUUAUUUUUACGAUUAUUUGUACAUAGGAUGUAUAUAGGAGUGGAUAUUUAUCUUGUUUCUAUUUUUAUUUUAUCUCUUUCUAUGUAUUAUUUGAUUUUCUUAUUAUUAUUAUUCUGUUUCUUUAGCACAAUCGCAGACGUCACUUUCAUUUCACUGCCACUGUACCUGUACAUUUAGGCAUGUGACAAAUAAAACUUGAAACUGAAACUGAAACAGGAUACAUUUGUGAGUUUCUAGAUACUUGGACUAGUUUUUAAGCUCCUCAUACGUCUGUCCUGCUACCUCUGUUGGUGAAAAGCUUUGAUGAUAAUGUUUGCUUGUGUCCUUGUAUGUUCCCCUAAAGAAAAUGAAAGAAGUCUUCCAGAAAGGUAACUUUUUUUUUUUUUUUUUAAUUCAGUGUUUCUAAAUCUAUUAGAGUUUUUUAAUCAUUGAGCUUUGCUUUGUUUGUUACAUCUUUUCAGAGAAGUCCAUCGGGCAAAGUAAGUCUACUUCUUGUUCUUGAUAACGUUUCCAAUACAAAAAAAAUCUUUAUUACAUUUAAAUAUUUUGUGAAUUUAAAUUAAAGUACAAGAUGCUUAACGAAAAAGAGGAGUCUCUCCUCCCAAUGUCAGUUAAUGUGGCACAACUGUUUUUUUUUUUUAAGUACAAGGUUUAAAUGUUUUUAUUUUACAAGUCUGUUUUCUCCACAGAUUUUCCCUUUGUUAGUAUGAUGAGCCCAUUCACUAAAUAUGAUUUUAAACAACCCAUCAUAGGUGAGUAAACACCUCUUGGUUUAUUUGACAUCUCGUGUUGCACUGUUGAAAUUGGAGGUUAAACUUUAAGCAACCACUUUAGAAGAUGACCUCGGUGCAAAAAUGCAGGAAUGAACUACAUGAAGACAGAAUCAAGCUGGCAGCCUCUCGCAGGAUUUUAUUCUGGUCACAGCAUCAAACACAGCUCAUGGACAGUCGAACAGACAGACCCCAGAACAGAAAAACCACAGAUCUCUUAUAGUACUCCACUGACGUCACCGAUCUCAAUCUUUUGCCAAAUGUGCGUGCGAAGCUACCUUCGUGUGUGUAUCACUUUCCCGUGGGAAAGCUCCCUACGUGACUUUUUCCCUGCCACUAUCUCUGAUGCACAGAGAUAUCUUCCUCUUUAUUUCCUGUUAUUGUAAUUAAACUUCAUCAUGACCUGAUGAAGUUUAUCCCAAUCUGACCUCUCCCAUAUCCUGUUUUCUUGCCUCAUAUUAACCUCCAAAACAUCCAAACAUAUCUGUUAUUUUCCCCCACACCACAAGUCCAUCCUUAAAGCUUUUGUAAAGCAAAAUAUAUAUAUAUAUAUUUUUUAUGGAUAUUGUUUUAUCUCGUCUGUCAAUGACGUGUAAGAGACUUGGUGGCACUGGCUUGCUUGUAUAGUAAACAAUUUAUUACAGACAUCAGUAUCCAACAAGCUCUGCAGAUGCUGGGAGAUGACUGUCAAUGAUGUCUUUCUCCUAGAUUUGAGUUUAAGCACUGCUGAUAUUAAGUUAAGAGGUGCUUACACAUCAUACACAAACUUCUCUUAAACAUCCUGUUUUCAUGACAAUUGGACUCUGGCUGUAAAUUGUGAGGUGCCAACUAUUACUGACACAAUAAGUCACAGGACUCAGAAAACAAAGACAGGAAAGGCUUCUUACUUGUAUUCUAUAGAAACCAUAUAUAGUUUCACAAGGGAUACCUAAAUAUUUAGUGAUCAGAAAACCACCUUUUCAAAUAAAAUGGCUCAAAUUUCUUGCUUUUAGAGUAGUUUUAAGUUUCUGAUGAUUGUGAAUGUGUAUUAAGGUGAUUCUCAUUUUAAUAUAUAUGAAAUUUAGUGUAAUUUUAAUCAUGUAUCAGACUGUUUUGAAGUAAUUUUCUUUCUUUUACCCUCUGCCAGGCUUGUCUCUGCUGAGUCUCUGUUUCAGCCCAGAGACUUCCAUCUUUUUUUACCUCUGCCACGUCUGCGGCGAGAAGUGUUUACCAGGAAAGAUUCUCUUCCAUCUCUCUUCUCAAGAUCAUUUCAGCAACUACUUUGUAAGGACUAACGCCAUAAAAUUUAACGAGUGCUUCAAAUCUUGGAUCCUUAACAAUAUAAACUUGUAUUUUGUGUUUUUAGACCUACACAGACCCCAACGUACUGUGUUACUCCUGGAUCCCCAGCAUGGAUGUGAGAAAGACUCAGAGGCAGGAGAUCUCCUGGGAAGCCACUAAAGCAGAGACAAAACAGCUACAGGUCUGAAUCAUGACAUAAAUGCCGUCAGUGUCAGGGACUCACAGUCUGCACCCUCAUCACAUGCAUGUCCUGUACUUGCACAAUAUGAAUUCAGUCCUGGUAUGACCUCAGGGUUUCCACAUUUUCAUGCACUGUGCUGCACCACUUGAAGAAACGGGACACCUUUCUCUAUUUUCUCUGUGCAGAUGUUGGAUUUACCAGAAGAUCUAUUAAAAAAGCUCAUAACCUGCUCCUACUCUGAAGGUAUAUCAUCUUAAAGUUGCUCUGAAAAAGCUGUUCGGUCAUUUUGUUGCAGAAUUUGUUGAUGGAAAUGUUCUGAUCUGUCUCCCCAGUGAUACACUCAUUGAGUGAAAAUGAGAAGCUCCUGAAGAUACUCAAGGGUGAGGCAGUUUUCGUCUCGUGAAAAUAGCAGCUCAUUUUGUAACUGACCAGAAACAUAAUUCACGCAUACCUGCUUCAGUUUGAAGUUUAUUGAAACUUUAAGGACUGUUAAAGCUGCUCUCAAGCUGUCUGAUAUGAAAUGAUUCAUUGGUACGAUUAGAGUUUUUCAUGUGAGCUCUGAAGUACGUCCUGGUGUUUGUAUGUGUGUUUCUUAUUGCUCUGAUUUCCACACCUCAUCUCUGCACUCUUUCUUUCCUUACAGCCAUAGAGCCAGAGAGGAAAACGAUCCAAACAUACCAAAAAGAUCCCCAAAAAAAGCAUCCACUUCUAGGUGUGUACACUGCUGGAGGAUUUACAGAUGAAAAAGUAGUGCUUGUAAAAUUAUAGUUAGGAAGUAAUAUAAAAAUAAAGUUUAAGAUUUGGGUUAAGAUGCUGCAGAAUACGCAGCAUUCUUGGUCGACUUCUGCAUGCAGUUUUGGCCAAAACAGUUAUUUCCUCUUCUCUUUUCCCUGACUUUGGUCUUGCAGGCAUGCAGCACAUAGUUGAAUGCAUUUCUGCUGGACCCUCUGAGAGGAGACACUACCUCUGCACUCUCUGCAAACUGACCAUUUCCACCCACAUGAUCAUCAAACACGUCGUGAGCUUUGACCACAUAUUUUCUUACUUUGUAAGUAUUGUCGUAGAUUGAAAGUCUAUCGAAGGAUUAAGUGAUUUACUCUCUCCGAAAAAGGAGAAAGUAUGUCAAGCAGAUAGGAACCACGUUGGUGCUUUUAUACCGUCAGGCUCACACCCCGUCAAAACACUCAGAAUAUCUAGAACAUGCACACCUCCCCAGCUCAGGAAACUCUGAUCUCUUAUCAGGUUUGUGCAAACUACCAAAUGUCCCUGAACCUCUAACAAUGGAGUUAAAUAAGCAACAAAACACGUGCUGAUGUCAAGUUAAAUAAUUUAAUCUAUUACAAAGACGACACCAGUAUAAAAUCAGCACCACAGAUGCUGGGAAACAACUGCCAAUGAUUUCCUUCUCCCAGAUCUCAGAUUGUGCUCCUCUUAUUUAGGGUUUAGAGGUGUGGUUCCUCUUAUAUCAACAUCUCUUGACCUUAAGUUUAUCUUCCUUUACCAUCUGGUUUAAAACUAACUUUGGCCUGAGACCUGUGAAGGGGAAUCUCUAUAUAAAAGGCUAUAUAUUCUAUAUAAUAUUUAUUGAUUAUCUUUUAUCAUUGAUUUAUAAACCGGUUGGAUUAGUGUUGGGUCUAAAACCUGCAACAAAACCAUUCUGAAGGUAUAUCUGUCCGGGCCUCUCUUUUUAUUUAGGGUUGUCCCUGGUUACACAACGCUGCAUAUACUAAAGGAUGGGGGAAACUAUCUGCAGCAGCGUAAGCACUCUCAUAAAACACAAUUAUGAACAACAGAAAAUAUGUGAGGGUCAAGGCGACAUUGUUGACAUUAAACGAGCUCCUUCUGAUAGGAGCGGAUCCUCCUUAUUACUUCCCACGUUUCACAGUGGAGGUUACAUCACACACACACCUGCUGAUAGGAGAAACAAGGUCAGAGAAGUUAGAAAACACUCAUGUGCUGUGUAACAAGGGGUUAAAGCAGUUCAUAGUUGUAGCAAACUCUUACAUAAGAAUUUGAGUAAGAUGAUAACUCCUAUAUACAUUUAUACACAUUAUUCUGACAAUUAGGCCUGGUUGUGCAGCCAGAGGUUACAUGACCCAGGCUGCUUUGCAGGGACCAAAAAUUAUUGGGUUGUCAAAACACUUAGGGUUGGUUUCCAGGUGGUCUAAGAAGAGUCCAAACAGUGGGUGAAUUUCAGAACAUCGAGAUAUGUCCUUGGAGUUGUAACACCAUGCAAUACACAUAUAAGUGGUGCACUUUUAUCGUUCACAAGUAACACACAAUCACUGUAUUCAGAUACACACCCAGCAGCAUAAGUAACACACAAUCACUGUAUUCAGAUACACACCCAGCAGCAUAAAAGUGUGAGAGAGAGAUGCCUGGGGCUCCUCUCCUUUGGUUUGGUCAAGACUGUGUUUCAUCUGUACUGAUUUCUACAAAAAAGACGCCCGCGCUGCUCUUCAGAGCUCAUCCUGUCUCCUGUGCGUUGUUUUGCUGUAUACUGUAAAUGUUUUCCACAACAUCUGUAGGGCACCAAUCAGCUGGACCAUUUGGGUUAGGAAACAUAAAAGAGACACAUCAAACACAUAGCAUAAAAGUUUCUCAGGAUACCCCAGGGAAACACACCAAUCGUAAACUUUAUGUCUUGUUGUUUUACUACAGAUACCUCAUUAUUCUCCUGCAGGCUGUUAUCUUUUCGUCUGCCAGGUCUUUGCCACAAAAGUAGAACACCAGAAGUGAAAGUGCCUUUUUCCUCUAAAGUCUCUCUAAACACUGAAUCACAACUGAUGGAAAUCUUUGUUCUUUGGCUUUUAUUCUUGCACAGAGAGUGUGGCACCCCUCCACUUUGCUGUCAAAGGGGAGCUACAGUGAUUACUCCACCUUUGCCUCCAUGAUCCUCAACUUGGCAAAGCAGAGUGAGGAGAUUCAUGGUGCUGCAAACUCUGAAUUGAAGGUAAUGUUUGUAAAUUACCAGGCAGAGUGUCCAGAAUAGAUCAGAUUGAUGCUUGUGUUUGAAUAAAUGUGAAACUGUUUGAUUCUCUGUCACAGCAAGUGAAGCUGGAGCCUGCGGAGUACACAUCUGUGGAUUUCGCCUGUUAUGCAGAGGGUUGGUGUUUUUUCAGACUGCAUUUGGUUUUUGAUUCCUUUGAUGGAUAUCUGCUAACAUGCACAAUGUGUCUUGCAGCUUUGAAAGAACUGGAGUCUAUUCGAAUGAAAAAGGGAGAGAGCAGCAUAAUCACUGUCGUCACACCGGGGGAAAAGCUUGGUAUGUAAUCUUUGGUCCAAAAAAUAUUUUUCAGCAGAUUAAUCAUCUUUUUAAAGCAGUUUUGGUUAAUGAUAUCUGGUCUUUUUAGUGUUUUUAUUCAACAUAUUCUUGCAUGAUUAGUUUGAUAUCUUCUUCAAGGCCUUCACAGAGUGAGAAAUCAUUAAAACCAGCGCUCUGACAUGGAUGUUCCCAUUUAAUUUCAAAGUAACCAAAGAUAGUCGAGCCCACUCAGUUGCUUUUUUCUCUUUCUCUCAGAGUGUCAGUCUACGGAUCGAUGUGAGCCAGUACAAUCUGUGCAGUUAAAACAACGCUGUCAGGUACAGUCUGUUUCACUGAAGUGGUCAUGUGUUAACUUUUCUGUGUUUCUCUGAGAUUUGACAUCAUUGAUGAAUACAUCUAACUAUGUUUUCCUCUUCUUCUGUUCCUGUUCACUUCCCCACGGUAGAACUGCGACAUAAUCUUCAACUCAUUCCAUCAAUAUUUAACCCAUGUGAAAACUCGCUAUCACCAAAAGGUAAAUCACUUUUUUUCCACAAAGUUUAAAAAAAAGAUUUAAUUUGAAAUUGUCAUCCCUUUUUGACAAGUAUUGAAUUUCUCCUUGUUGUCCUUCCCAGAUGUUGAUCAAAAUUUUUGGCAAAGGUACCCUUUAAUUUCCUCUCAUUAAUCCUAAUAUUGUUAACUGUUCUGUACAUGGUAAAAACCUUAGCUAUUCUUCUCUCUCUUACAGAUAUGACAGCUUUUGAUUAUGCAGACAGAGGUACACACUGUCCGUCACAGCAUGUUGCAAAAUUAUUUUACUGAUUUUACUUCAAUUCAUGCAAGACCUCAACUUCUUUAGCCUUUUAUAGUCUGCUGCAGAAAUUCUCCUUUUCCUUUUCAAAUUAGGAAAAGUGCCUUUUCUGACGUUACACCCACACCUCAAGGGCAGAAUGAACAGCAAACCUGCAGUCGGUAAGUGACCCAUUUGUUUGUUGUGUUUCUGUUUAUUUCUGCUCACUGUUGACUUUACUGUUUGUUCACUCCUGUGCUCUUUCAGGUGUCUCCCUGGUUGUGACAUGCAUCAGCUCUGAGGGGGGCAGGUACAAACCUUUUUGUGUGUGCUUUGCCUGCUCGGUCAGCUUCCAGGAAGCUUUGGCUGCUGAGCACUUGGACUCGGAAAAACACAUCAUGAAUACUUUGGUAAGGUUUUUUAUUCUAGAUGGUUUUGUUUGGUUUUGUAAAGCAGAUAGAAGUUGCACUGUUGUAUCUGGUCUGUCUGCGAUGUGUAGAUGCAGACAGAGGCUUUGUGACACUGGCUUGCUUGUAUAAGAGCAGUUUAUUAUAAAGACAACACCAGUAUCAGAACAGCACUGCAGUUGCUGGGAGAGGACUGCCAAUGAUGUCCAGCUCUCCCUAACCAGAGUUUGUGAUCCUGUUAUAUAGAGUCAUCCUCUCUUUGUUCCCCAGCUAUCUUUUCGUUAUCAUCUGUUUGUUUGUUGUUUUUUUUAAUCUAGUCUGGAAUUGUGACCUGUGAACUGUGACCUGUGCUCCGCACACACUCAACAGCCAGGAGACACAGUGUCUACAAUCCAUACUUUGAUUAGUUCAUGCAACUUUGGGAAAUACCUCAAGGCCUUGUAUGUUAAUGCUGUACUCCAGAUACCACAGCACUACUUCAUAAUAGUAAUAACUUUAUUUUUAUAGCAAUUUUUAAAAUACAAGUUUACAAAGUGCUUUGACAAAUAGUUGUACAGCACAGAACAUAAGCACAUGGAAAUAUAACAAAUUAAAAAUCCCAAUUUUUAAAAGCCUCCGAAUUGAAGGCCAAUUUCAUUUGUCACUUGGAACCCAGACAAUACAAGAACCCUACAACAUAAAAUGAGACCAUGAGGACCAAAAUAAAAACAUAAAAUAGGUUAGAAAAAUAAAUGUAAUAAAAAAGGGGGUUCGAAAGCAGAAAACAGGAUAGUAAAUAUAAAAAGAUGACAUUAAUAAUGAUAAUAAAAUCAUAACAAAAUAAUAAUGAUGGUAAUAGUAAUGAUAAAAUAGAAUAACAAAAAUGAGCAAGACAAAACAAUAAAAUAAAAGGUUAAAUAAGAAAAGAUUGUAAGUAUAUCAAAGGCUCAAAAGACAGUUCCUUUGUUUAAGGAUGCACUUUUUAGGUUAGAAUCAUACCUCCACGUAGGUAUGAUAUAUCGUAUGUUGGAUUAAUCCGAUUUUUUUCAGCUUUUGAAUGCAUUUGGAGAAUGUGCUUUUAUCAAGACGUAACAAAUCAUUCCUGUUAAAAUUCACUGUGAUUAUUUUAGUCAAUUUGGCUUUUAAAUGAAUAAAGGAAAGGUAUUAAUCGAAGUAAGUCAAUAAUAAACAGGGGAAGCAGUAGCUCAGGAGAUAGAGUGGUCAUCCAAUAACUGGAAGUUUGGUGGUUCCCCCCGAUCCCCAGUUCGUCCAUUGUGUCCUUUGGCAAGACACUUAACCCACCUUGCUCAUAGUGUGUGUCCUCCAUUGGUGUAUGAAUGUGAGUGUUGUGUGGCGGUGGUUGGAGAGGCUGAAGGUGCAAACUGGCAGCCACGUUUCUGUCAGUCUACUAAAGUAGUUUACCGCCACCAGGGUGUGACUGUGUGAGCGAAUGAAUGAUGUCUCCAAUAUAAAAUGCUUUGAAGUUGUCUGAUAAAGCGCUAUAAAAUCUGAUGCAUUAUUAUUAUUAUUAAUAUUAUUAGUGAUUGAUAACUUACUGCCAAGUUUUUGUCUGAAAUUCCCAGCUCUACCUGAAUCCCUGGAGACUCCCUCUUGCAUGGGGCAGUUGUCAGGAAUUCAAUGACUUGUGGUUGGCAGCAUGGGAAGAGGAAAGAGUCAGAGAGCCACAUGAAAGCGUGAUGAAGGUAAGAUGUCAGUGGGCUCUUAAAUGUUAAUGUUCUGAAUUGAAAUCAUAUAUAAAUCUCAAAAUGAUACUAGGAAUGUUUCAUAGCAUUUGUAGCAGCUCUGGACUUUUUUUUUCAUAAUUCUAAAGGAUGAGCAUGGCACACACACACACACACCAUCCAUCCAUCCAUCCAUCCAUCCAUCCAUUCGUCUGAAAUACAGCAGCUAUGUGAAAAAGGGAAAACAGUGUCCCUCUGGUUCUAAAGGGUAGGGCAGGAGGACAGAAAAAUGGCGCCAUCUGCUGGUCGGCAUAAAAAACCCAGUUUGACUCUCAAGGAAUAGGUGUACAUGAGAAAAUAUAUCCCAAAAUUAUACUGCAUUGGCAGUGUAUUGAAGAAAAAAUGUUUUAAUGGGAGUCAAUGGGACCGUUUCGGUCCUUAGGGGUGUCUACUGUAGUCAUAAAAAUUGCUAACAUGCAAAAAAGGUCAACGGAAGAAAAAAAAAUUAAAUUGCACCUAAAAUUACACACUUGGACAAACUUUCAUGCCAUUUGCAUCAUCACAGCCAAAAUUAUCCACAAAAGUAUAGUUACGAAGGACCAAAACGGUCCUAAGGGGUGCACAAGGGUUAAAAGGGUAAUUGUCUCAUUGAUUGUUUACAAAAAGUCAUCUGUUAAUUCUUAAUUAGUUCAGGAAAAAAAGCACAUGAAUAGAUGAUGCUGAACUACACUUGGUUUGAAUAAAUAAAAGGUGCUGACAGGGCAAAAAAAUCAGGAAAAAAAGUGUUGUUACUUUCUCUGGUUUUUACUUAUAAGGAAAUUUUCCUUCCAGAUACUCGAUAUACCAGAGGGGAUGUUUGCAAGACUCCAAUCACCAAGUUACAACCAAGGUGAGUAUCACUCUGAUGUUACAUUAUACAGAGAGGGGAGGGGAUGUUGGAUCGGAGUAAUCCCAGUAUGAGAUGGCUUUUGUCACGUUUUUUUUUUAUCAAUUUAUAUGCAUUAAAAAUGUCGAGGCAAACAAAACAGGCAGAGAACAAUAUAGAAAAGUUAAUGGAUGAGGCUGAGAGGAUCACACUGGUAUUGACUGUACAACUACAGAGGAGGUAGUUUUCAAAGACACCAAUCUGAGCUGAGUUAGGAACCCUCUGAAUAUCAUGUAAAGCUGCCAAUGGAACAGCAGAGAGACAACAUAAACAUAAAAUCAGCAAAUUUAUUCAGUGUUUUGCCAAUUUGAUUGAAUAUUACUGUAUAACAAAAGAUGUGGGUCAGGGUCUAUCUAUCAUGACAGCACAGUCUAUUUUAGGAGCCUGUAUGGUGAUAAACAGAUAAAGGGGGUCCUGUUGCUCCUUAUCUCUUCUUGAGGCCUUCAAUGUUAUAAGCACAGUUCAUUCAUCAUGAAUAACUAUAUAAAUGAUUAAAAUUCAUACUAACAAUGAGGUUGUAGAGUUUUUCUAGAUAAAGCACAGCCUUUAACUUUUAUUUUUUUCUUGUGUUUGUAAUAAAUUCCCUUUUUUUCUUUCAGUGAUGAUGACUCUGACACGUCACUGCACUUACUUGAAACGUGGAGGUUUGUGAUCAAAUUGUCUCCUGAAUUCAGAUGAUGGAAGCUCAUCUUUUUAACCUUCAUCUCAGACAGUCAUGUAUUUUUAAAUUGUUUUAUGUCUGUGCAGUUCCAUGCUCUGAAACAUGCACCAAACUCAGAGACAAUGAGAGAUUUCCUCUGCUGGGUAAGUACAUGCGGACGGGAAAGAAGUCCUGCCAGAAGUCAGACACGUACCUCUUCUAUUGAUAGUCUGUUUUACCUUUUUGUUGCAGGUAGAGAGUUCCUGACUGUCUACGAAGUGUCUUUCAGCCCCCAUCAGCACAUAGAAGAGGUGAUAUUGUGUACGCUUUGCCGGAGGAAACUGUCAAACCAAGAAUGCUGGGCUCAUGUGUUCAGCCGGAAACACAUUGAAACAUUUAUAGUGAGUACUUUUAAUAAGUUACAAAAACUCUGUUCAUUGAGGUGAGGCAUUUCUUAACAUUGCAUGGUUAUAGAGUCUGUUUGCUCAGUAUGUAGAGAUGGGUAUAUAAUACAUGGACGAAAGAAGUGUGUAUUUUAAAGUGAUAAAACGUGCUGUAGAGAUAAAGCAAGGAUCCACGUGCCUGGCUGACACACGCUUUUACAUGGUAUUAAAUGUCAUGAGCAGUUAAAUGACAGUUAACAGCUCAUAAAAAGUGUCAGAAAAGUUAUACUGCAUAUGACUUGCAGCCAGCUGAGUGUGGUCUUUGUCUUCAAAAUGUUUUACUUGCAAGGAGUCAGCAGCUUACAACAAAGGCAGCUUUUUCUGACUGAGGAAUUCAAGAUUUUUACACAUGCUUUAUUAUGCAGUCAAGAAACAGACACCCCCACCCUCUAACACACAGUAUCAUCUCACAAGUAGAAGGACAUAAGAGUAUCGAAAUAUGGUAAAGGCUGCAGCUGUGGUCUGCACUGGGAGAACAAAGAGAGCUUAAUUCAUCAUUCAUCCUGCUUAUCAGUUCAAUGUCACACUGGUGGGAAAACAACCUGUGAGUGAAACUGUAGCAUUCAUCUAGUUGCAUGGCGUCAGUGGAAAAGUAUCAACACAAACUCACAAACCCAAGGCCACAUUUCUCCUUUUCAUGCUCAUUUAAAAGAAACAGAUAUAACUGUGCAAGCAUUCACACCAAGUGAUUUUCAGUAAAUGAUGAUUAACACAAAAUACACACAUGAUAGCAUACAAAUACAAUUUUUCUUUCAAAAAGUCAAGGUAACAGGUAAUUUAAUGAUGCAGAACAUUUCAUCUAAACAUCUGAACAAAACCUCAGACAGAAUGUGAAAAGUCCCUGUGUGUGUUGUAUUCCUUUUAACCUUGCUGUUGUUUUCUGGGAAGAACACUGGUGAUAAUAACUCCUGCCUCUCUGAGAAAUAAACGGUGUAAUAUUUCUGAUGUUUAAUGACCAAUGAAAUGACUGAAAAUGUACCACUGAUGACUAUUGUCCAAUGAAAACAUGUAUGUUCAAUGUGAGGAAAAUAUAAUGGUGUUAGAUAAUUUUAAAAUAGCUGAAAUGGGAGCCCCUCCCUUUGACUGUCUCAAAAGACUGUUGCUGAUAGACUCUUUUUUGUCAAACAAAGAGAAUUGCUUGGCUCUUUUUCUUUUUAAGGAGCAAAAUAACACAAACCUUCCUCAGGCCUGAACAUUUGUGUUUGUAUUUGUAGAACUGUUUUCACCCAGGGUCCCUGGAUUCAAACACUGAUAGAGAGACCCUGUUGGACUUGGCGAAACAGGCAGCAAGUCAUCAUCCAGUGCAGCUCAUGAAGGUAGUCUUUUCCAGAAGUUUACACACCAUCUUGAUGAAGCAUCUCCUUCUGCAGUAUGCUCACCCUGCUGUUUUUUCUGCACUAAAAGAAAGCUUACUUGGACAUACCCAUCAAGGAGCCAUGUACAUACAACCAGAGUGAGUAUGUGCUGUGUCCUGCAGCUGAAUGUAACAGCAUGUAGUAUGUUACUGUGAACUGGCCUUUGAAUUGUAUCGUACCAUUUUUGUGUUCCAGCUGUUAGGAUCCUUAGAGCUGCAGUAGGUAGACAAGGACAAGGACCCCUCACUCCUGAGAAACUUCCAAAGAUGAAACUCUGUAAGUCACUCCAAGUUUGUUACCCACACAGGUGUUUUAUGUGCAGUAGACUGAAGAAGUGUGGCUGAGGCUUGGGAUGUAAUGCUGCACGACUCCUUUUAACUCACAGAUUAUCCAUCUGAAUAAUUAGAAGGGACUUUUGUUGCAGAUGUUUUCAUUAAAAUCCUUUUUUUUUUUUAUUCCAUGUGUUUCUCAGUCCCCAGAGGAACUUCAAAAGACACAGAUAUAGACCCUGUGAAAGACAACAUCCUUGAAAACAGCAGCAUGGUAGAGGGCCCUGAGAAAAUGACUGAUGAAAUGUGUGCAGACAACCUCAUUAAGACGGAAGAUGGUGCUGCAGUGCCCAAUAAGCAGUGUUCAGAACUGGUAGAAAAUGCCAACCACAUAGCUGAUGUGAAGAAUGAAACACCAAAUAAGAGUGAAUCGUUGAUAGUUGUUAAAGAGGAAAUUCAGAGCGCUGGUGAGCCAUGUCAAGUGAUAAAAGAGGAGAGGAUAGAAGUCUUGAUUAUGAGUAAACCACAAGAGGAGCAAAAUAAAGGCUGUGAGUACAGAGACAUUGAUUUAAAGCAGGAAGUUGAAGAACAAGACAGCCCAAACCCUCUGACACUCUUGAAGAAUAACACGUGCAAAGAAGAAACAGAGAAAGCCAUCAGCAUGUCUGCAGAGUCCCAGGACAUUUGUCUUCAGAACAAUGAAGAAAAUAACCAAAGUCUGCCUAGCAACAGGCAGACGCAGAAAAUCACAGCAAAGGAGGGAGAGGGCAAACUCUGUCCAAAGGGUGAGUAAAUGAACCAAUAACAUGUUUUGCAUCCAGUGGUUUAUUUGAUGCCAUGUAUUACAUGUCACUUUGGUGCAUAACUUGGUGUAUUCAAUGAUAUACCCAUCAAAGAUAGGUCAUCAAUACACUGACAAAUCCUGCAGGCAUGCAACACUUCACAAAGAACACACGCAUGUCCCUUUCAUGGUGACGUUCAUUGUGAAGGAUUUGAAGUAAGACAGUCCUGGGGGGAGGAGAUAGUGAUGUGUCUCAGUUCUCCCAGUAAUAGCAGCUGUCCCUCAGGGGAUCUUGACCUCUGUUGAGCUCUACACUAGACACUACUGGCUUUGUUGUUGUUGUUGGCUUGUCUAAGUAUUAGUGUAGAACCUUCAAUGGAGAAAUCAGCAGUCUGACUCAAAUCAGGAGAUGAAGCUGUCCAAGUUACAUCCAAGUAACUUUAUUCAGCAUGCAAAUGAACCAAGUCAGUGAGAAUGAACUCUGCAGAAUCCAGACCGAGGUAACUAAGAAAAUCCCCUUCUUAUACAGCAUUUCACAGUAGGCGUUCACUUCUUAUCAUAGUACCAACCCUUUUUCUUUGUGUAAGUUCUAAAACCCUUGUUUCUAAUGCUGUCUGUGCAAGACCGAUGAGGCAAAGCCCCUUUCUGAUGAGCUCAGCCAUCAGGUGUUGGUUUUCUAAUGGUGGUGUAAUGGAGUGAUUUGUGACCGACAAGCAAUACGACCACAUCUGAAACACAGAAGACAGCUGGGGCGUGCGCAUCAAGCCCCUGCCCCUUUCUCCUGUUUCCGCGGACAGUGUUGCCAGAUUGGGCGGUUUUCCGCCCAAUUGGGUUACUUUCGUUUACGUCAGACGGGGAAAAAAAUACAUUGGGCGGGUAAAUACAAUUUGGGCAGCUUUUGUCCACACUUGAGGAGUUUUUCGUUCUCAAUAUUGUUCAAGUUAACGGAUUCUGCGUAAAGGGUAAGAUGAUUUUUAUGUCACCUUAUCUUAGUUGCACUGUGACUGAUUUGUAGCCCACUGAUAGCACUUGCUCGUUUAUCACCUCCGCCAAUGAGGUUAUGUUUUCGGUAGCGUUGGUUUGUUUGUCUGUUAGCAACUUUACGGAGAAAUUAACAGACGGAUUGACCUGGAAUUGAGACCAGAGGUGCGUCUCAGCCCCAGGAGGAUCCCAUUACAUUUUGGUGGUGAUCCAGAUCGCCUUCUGGAUCCAGGAAUUUUUUGAAGGAUUCUUUAUCAUUGUGAGAUAGGGCAAAUUUUGGAAUUUUUGCAUUUAACUCUAUAAAAAUAGCCAGAGUCUUUAGUAAAAAAAUUACACAAAAGGAUCUCAAUGAGUUUUAUGAGGUGUCAAAGGUUGAUCCUGAUCCAGACAAAAUUCCGGAUACUGUAAGCUGCUUGGCGGAGGUCUGCGCUCUCCGAGUGCUUUUCUAGUUUUAAAUUGAUUUGCAAGUAGUCCUCAUACGGGUCAUCAUUAGUGAUGUAUAUUAUUAAAUGUACUAGUUCUACAAAUGUUAAAAGUGCACCUUUGUACGUGCAGCAUUCAUUUUUGCUAAUCUGAGCCUGGCACUAGGAUGUCAGAGGCUCAUCUUGCAAUUUGUGUAGCCUAUGGUUGAUUUACUGCGCUCUUGUUGGUUGCAGUUAAACCUGUUUAUCAUUAGUGUGGUUAUUUGAUGCUAUAUGAAGCUCUGGGUACUUACGAGCGUUUUCUAUUGCAUGUGUUAUGAUUGUACAACUUCGUGGUUUAGGCUGUUUCUUAUUGGAUCGGGCGGGAUCUAAAAUGUGAUUGGGCUUGAAACUGUCAAUCCGAUCUGGCAACACUGUUUCCGCGGUUGUCAGGGUUACUAUCUAAGAAAGAUCUAAGAAAAAGGCUAAGAAAUUAGGUAAACUAGCGCUGUUUUCUGUCCAAGUUUCAUGUCGACAGGAAUGGUCAUUACCUGCCUUUAAGUGGGUAAGAAUGAUCACUCGAGUACUCAUAGACAUAAAAACUUUGUAAAAGCGAUAAAUGAACUGGGCUGUGGCCGUUAAUCCUACUGAAACCAGCGAAUGCUGACAACUGCCGCUAAUCGCUCCAUUAAUUUGAUAAAAAAAUGAUUUCCGAAAUUUUCUACUGAAUAAUACUUUUAUUGUUAAGGCAUUUGUAUUCUGAAACAGAUAACUCAGGAAACGAGGCACUUUGUUUUAUCUCAAACUUGACACAACAAAUGCCAAACAAUGCUGACCCCUUAAGUGUUCGUGCUGCUGCGUUCGGGUUACCUCGGAAGUCAGAUGUCAGCUGAAAAUGAAGUCAAACCCGAGUGCCCAGAGUCUCAAUUUUGGCAAUCCGAGGAAAGUUCAGGCUGACCUCUCAGUUGUUUUAACGACCAGUCCUCCAAAAUAUCUCUGCCUGUUAUCAAUCCCUUACAUAUGUGUCUAUGAUUUUGACAACAAAGUUUUAACCCAAACUUGAGCUCAAACAUCUGCUAUAGAUCCAGUAUUUGGAUAAGGGGACUUAUCUGACCUAGAUGUGUGUGACAGGUUUUCCAGGAGGCCAAAUGAAGUGGGACAAAUGUGUUUGCUUGUUUCAAUGUGUUGGCAACAAAUGAAACUGUGGCAACACACAGCAAUCUCCUGUGUUUCUUGAUUCUCAAUGUGUGAAAGACUAAGACUGAAGUCACAUCUGGCUCUUUUGCAGCAUCAAUGCACCAACAACCAGACUGGCUAUGGCAAUAUCUCAAGAGAACAAGCAGAGCACCUGUAAUCGGUCAGCUCUUUUUAUAAAUCAUUUUUGAAAUCAUAAGUAUGUAGAGCUAGUUGAGAGAUGAUGAAUAAUGUAAACUUGAUGUGACCAUUUUUUCUUCCAGGCUUACAGGCACUUGUUGAAUGCAGUUGUAAUGACUUUGACCCCAUCUACCUCUGUGAGUGCUGCUCUAUGAAAAUCCUGGAGAAGGACAUUGUCGACCACAUCACUGGAGUGUCCCAUAUGAAGAUGUUUUUGAUAGUGAGUGAAUAUGCUGGAACAAUACUGCAACAUUAUCUAAUAUGCUUUGGUAGUGUCUCACCCUGUAUAUGUUUGACAUCAGGGACCUAAAAGGCUCCCAUAUCCACCAGGGGUGCACCAAGGGAUGGGGAUCAAUCAGUUUGCUGCACUGUUUGAGAAACAUUACGGAUAUGGAGAGGCUCAGGUUUGACCCUUCUUUAAAUUGUUGGAUAAUAUGUUAAGAUGUUGAUAAAUUAUAUAAACACUAUUUACCAGGGAUGCCCCAAUCAGCUUGUUUGGUUCUGAUCCGGAGCUGACUUUUUUUUUUAAUAUUGACCAUCUGUGGAUACAGGGUCCCUAUUCAAUACUUGUUUUUGUCUUGAGAAAAGAGCUGGUCCAUUUGCUGAAAAUACUCUGCUCUAUGCAACCCACAAACCUGGUGUGCAUUUGGUACUGCACACUUAAACUGCAUAGUUUGUCACAGAGCUCCUGUAAGGCAGUGUCUGAAAUGUGAGUGUGGAGAUAGCAGGGUAUACCUGGUGAUAUAUUCUGAUUCCUCUCUUAUUUUAAGCCAUUGUAUUAAAUUGGUAGAAUUGAACGCAGCUCUACUUUGGCUGUCUCACUGAACAGUCAUGUUGCACAUCGCCAUUUGUACUUCUACACAGCUGACAGAGAUGCACAUGCUAAGUUACUUGUACAUUCAUGUUCUGCCACAAAUUGUGCUCAGUUUAAGACUGAUCCAGUUAAAAUUGCCUGGGUCAUCUCUGAUGCUGUAGUUGAGAGUGGUAUGGAGACAGAUAUCCCAACACUGAUGAUUGUUUUGUUUCUGGACCGCAGGGUGUGGAUCUGAAUAAAGAGGUUUACUGUCGUGUUUUGACACAAAACUUUGAAUCAGGUUAGUGUCAAUCAUUCUUGAGGUAAAGUGUUGAAGUUACUUUGACAAUUAAAAAAUGUCAAACUGACAGUACUUCCUCUGUAUUUUACAUCCUUUCUUUGUAGCUCUGCAGACAGUGAAGGGGCUUCAAGCUCAGCAGGACCGUGUUUGUGAACCCAUGCCAACCUCAGCGCUGUCUACUGCUCAGCCUGUGAAAACCUCUCUGAGUUUUCACAGUGCUCAGAGUCCGCACAGACACAAUUCAGCCCAGGAUAACUAUCAGGUCAGUUUUUUACAGCUUUUGGUGACUGCCUUUUCGACCUGUAGUCUGACACAGUUCUUCUCAUAAAACACUUUUUUAUUUCACUUUUUACACAAACAUUGAUUUCCCUGAUGUGCACAUUUUCUGAUUUUUUUCUUGGAUAUAUUUUGCUUCAAUUUUGUGGAUAUGAGGACGAGUUACAACUCAACAAGCGUGCUGGCUCAUUUAGUUUAGUGCUUGGGCCUGCUUUUCUUCACACUUCUUGAGAGACAAGAUUUGUUUUUGUACUUCUUAAACUCCUUUCUCUCGUGACCUCUUGGUCUCUGAACCACUUUUUUAUGGCCUCACUCCCCCCAACACUGAGGAGGAAUUCCUUGUUUCCCAGCUAAUAGCUUAACCAGAGCACCACAGGAGGAAAUCUCUUUGAACUCAAUCUUAAAAAGCUCACUUAGGGUAUCAGAUUUGCAGUAAAAUUCAGUUGUAUGGCUUUCUAAUAGCUGUGAAUGGGUUGUGACGUGUCUCAAUUUCUUGAUAGUUAGCAAGGCCAAAAAAAUUUCCUACUGGGGGGCCAGCAUCCAGUACAGGCUGCUGUAAUGAAUACUGUUAUCUCAGCUCUGAUCUCUCAAUUAUUCUAAGUAUUUAGUCUUCUUGAAGACAAGCAUGCAGAUACAAACCAGGAGAUGAGCUAGUGAAGUUGCAUCAAAGGAACUUUAUUCAACAUGGAAGUGCACAAAGUUAAUGAGCAUGAAUUCUGCAGUAGUCAGACUGAGGUAACAAAGAAAAUCUCCAUCUUUUUUUAGCACAUUUUGUUAGGCGUUUACUCACUCGUAUGACCACAGAUUAAACCCUUUUUCUUUGUGUAAAUUGCAAAUUUAGUGUUUUCAACAGUGUCAUUCUGAGCCCUUUAUGUGAAGACCCUUUCCUAAUACUGAACUCUUGUGUCUGCCUCCUGUCAUUUAACUGAGAUUUCUGUCAUUUGUUCCUUUUUAUUUUAAAGGAGGUGGACAUGGAAAUUAGUGAUUUAGACGACUCUGAGACCAAGCCAUCCUCAGUAACUACUUCCAAAACAGCUGGGUUGGCCCCUGAUUCAGGCGAAAACGUCAAAAUGUCCCCAGUGGAAGAACCUGGACCAGCCCACAUGUAUUCCUGCAAAACUGCUUCAAGAAAAAGUGGAGAAACAUCAAGUCAUCAUGUAUCUACAAAGGAAGCAAGCACAACAUGUAUACACCAUGACUCCAAAGCUGAAAUUAUUUCAAACAUAAAUUUGAGACCGAUAAAGGAAGAAGAAGAAGAAGUGGAGUUAUCUCAGUAUGGAGAUGCUUCAGAUACUGCUGUAAUGAACUCCACCAACGCCAGGAAAGCCAUCUUGGAAGGUACCACCAAAGCUUCAAGUUCAGCUCUGGAAAGCCUCAGCAGAACAGCUGCCCCUGUUGUCAAGUUAACUGCCAACAGUUCAAGCUGUACUGAGUCCAAAUUAAUAAAAUCUGAACCAUCUACAACUAGUGUCAGUGCAACCACCUGCAAGUCUUCCACAGCUGAUUCAAAUAACUGUGCUGCAGCCACUAUAUCUGCAGGUGACAGUGGUUUGAUGAGAACCACUCACAGUAGAGAAACUGACAAAAAAUGUGAAACAUCAACAUCUAGUUACUUUGUAAAAACAACUCAGCUGACUGCAGCCAACCUCAAGAACAGUACGACAGCUGCCACAUCUGCACCUCAGGAUAAUUACAGAGCUGCAGCCACCAACAGCAGAGAAACGAUCUACAAAUAUGCAACAUCGACAUCAGAUGCACGUGCAGCCACCACCAAAUCAACUGGGACUGAUCCACAUACCAGUAAAACAAACAAUGUUUCAAAAGCCAUUACCAACAGCAGUACUACUCCCUCUACUAACAGCAGAGAACCAGUUCACAAAAAUGCAACAAGUUCCUUUGCAGUAUCCAUCAAAUCUGCUCCAGGCAACAAAGAUACCAGAGUGGCCGCAGCCUCAUCUGCAGCUUCAACCAACAGUGACAGAAGUACUGCGAAGACAUGUGUUUUAUCAACAUCGAGUUCCUCUUCAACCUUCAAAAGGCCUGCAUCUACAUCCAGCUUCACCCCAGCACCACCAAAAAGAACAGCAGAUUCCUUCAUAACUAUGUCAAAUUCAACCAUCUCAAGUUCAGCUGUGGUCUCUAAACCUGUGAACAUGCUCAGACCAGUGGAAAGCAGAAUGACAGUUACAGAUAAAGCUAAGAGGGACCCUACAGUAGUUUCCUGCAGACCUUCACCUGCUGCUCCAUCUUAUAAAACAGUGUCCUCCGUGCCCACUGCUAGAACUUCAGCUAAAUGUGGUCACGCUGAAGUCCUCUCCAAGAAUGCAACUGAGGAGAAAUCUGUGGGGUCUAAUACAGAUGCUGCACCAUGUCACUAUAACAGCACUGCACCAAAGGAUGCUUUUAAACUUGGUAGGUAUUAUUCUUCAUGCAAAGAUUACUCAAAGUCUGUUACUGUGACGUGUUUCCAAAGAGACAUAGCAUAAGAGUUGUCCAAUUUUUUGAAAGGGCUACAAAGCAAGGGGCUAAAAUGAAACGUAAUAUGCUGCUGCAGGCUUUCUCAGGCGGACUUGAGUUAUGGGGUCAAAGGUCACCUCACAACCCAAGAAUCCAUAUGUUCUCUUGAGAAAAUAUCCCAUUCGACAGUACUGUUGCUUAUUUUCACUGUUGUCUUUACAGGCUUAAACUACUUGUUAGAAGUGUCAUGUGGAGGAAGCAGGCAAGUCUACUGUCGGCUGUGUUCAUCCAGGCUGAGACGGGGAGGUCACCUCAUGAGCUACAGACACAAGUACAACUAUGUGGUGCGUGUUGUAUUAGUUCCAUAGAAAAACAUACAACAUGAACAAAGCAGAGCAGAUACAAACUUAAUGCUAACUCUUAUGUUCUUGCCAGAAAAUGAAGUACCCUGAGUGGACUGCAAGACCCUCUGAGAUGAAAAGCAAACUUGCCAAGAUAGUGGCCCACUUGGCCGCGAUUGAAAAAGAUUUAGAGCCGCAGUGCAUCCAGGUGACACACUCUCAUACAUGAAAAAUAACCAACACUCUCUGCUUGUCUGUUUGCUUUCUUCAAAAUGGCAUUAAUAUUUAUUCACUGUACUAAACUGAACUCAAAGCUCCAGCUAGGAACAAGUCUCAUCCAUUUAUUUUGAAGGUUUCAAGCUGCUCAGCUGGAAGCAACAAUAUAGAUGCAAUGUAAAUAGACACAGUUUAUUUAUGUAUAAUGAUUUUUAAAAAUUUAUUCAUCAGAGUUUGUAAUGUUGCUUUCUGGAGAUGCUAACAAAGUUUUGUUGUAUUUAUUCAUAUCAUUAUGUGCAGUGGAAUUUAACUGUAAUAAAGACAUCAAACGAGACUUUCAAGGAUGCAACAACAUACUGUAUGAUUGGAGUUCAGCUGGGGGGUUGUUUGAUCAAAAAAAAAGAGAGGUGUUAAACGAUGGUCUCACCUGAUUGACUUUGUAUGCAGUUGACUAAUACUGAGUGGGAAGCCGGAUACAUUAAUCAAGAACUUGAGGAUAAACAAAUUCUGUACAUGAGUUGCUCAUCAGUGUUUGUCUUUGUUUUUGCUAGAAAGUGGAGGUGAAUUUGACUGUGUACAACCAGCUGGGCCUUCUUCCAGAAGACAAAGGUAUGAAGUUAGUCAUAAACUAAUCCCUCUGUUUGCCUUACAGGUGAAAACUUUGACUAAUAUACCUUUGACUGCUGGUUAAACUUGAGGCAUUGAUGGUUUUGAUUUUAUUUCUGUCUGAUUGGAGUUCUGAACAUUAUCAUGAGAUGUUUUGGAGGUGUUUUUAAGCACAUACAGUGAUUUCCACUUCGGAGUCAACAUGCCUUUGCAUGUAGGUCUCGAUUGCAAAAUCUAUCGGUGAACAAAGAGAUAUACAGGAAUAGAUUUUGAUGAAUAGACAGGUGGAUAAGAAUAAAUAUAUAUGGAAAUUUAUACAUAGAUGUUGUAUAUACAGAGAUAUAUUUGUUAUAAUUAGAUACAUAAAAUGUGUCAUGAAGUUUGAAGGUUUUAUUCUAUCAUGUCAUUUACAAAUGGGUCUGUUGUGGCCAAAUGUUGAAGAAAAGACAGACAGGUUCAUGGAUUUGGGAUCUCGUUCACUGCUUCCUCUGUAACGUAUUUAAACCCACCAGACUCUGACUGCAUCACACCCAAAACAAAACAUUCACACUGGAUUUGCAAACAAAACAGAUGUCUGAAAUACCCUGACCUUUAACCCUGGUGGUUGAAGGCUUGGGUGUUUCAAUCCAUUAGGUCAUGUGGCAGUAGGUAGUCACAGAGGCUCCAAAGGUAACAAAUAAAAUCUCUUUUUUUUGUCCUCUCCUGUGUGGAUCUUCAAACACACACGAAAUGAUACAUCUCAUAUCAUGACACUAAAACAUCUGUAAAAUUCAAUGUAUCAUAUUUUCAUGCCUCUCAAUGAACUCUUCAGUGACCAAAAUCCCAGCGUGUAAAUGUCUACAAUUUAGAAAUGAUAAUAAUAAUUCCGAUAUUGAGAGCAUGUAGUGGGGAAUAAAAAAGGGACCAGAGAUCUGCUCUAAUAAGUAAAAGCUGAGGAGGUGCAGGACCAGUAGAAGACGAAAAAUAGCAUUUUGCUAAUGUGCAACAUUAUGAGCUUUGUUUUUCCUCUUCUCUGUAACUAUUUUCUCUUUUUGUUUUUAAAGUUACUUACCAUUAAGUUUGCAUGUCUCGAUAGAUCUUUCUUACCACAUGUAUCUUCCUGUUUUGAAGUUGUAUGAUCAACCACAAGACUGUUUUAUGUGGUAUUGUCUCACACCUGUGGCUGUGCAGAUUCAGCAGUAUCCUAUAAUAUAGAAUAUCAAUGUCGAAAUUGCAUGGAAUUUUUACCAAGUACUCCUGUGAUUUAUGCAACGAUCCUAUCAAGAAACACUCAAGUAAAUAAUGAAAUUCCCAACCAGCACAAUGUGACACAAUCCUGGUUUUUCCACACCUCAGGCUCACUACCUUUCUGAAACUGUUUUUGUUUUCUCUCACCAACUUGGCUGAGCAAUUGCUGUGUCGACUUCCAUGAAUUUUUCUUACAUAGGACUGUUUCACUGAUUGUUUCAUUGCUUGGUUUUUAAUCCUUUCUGUCUUUUUUUCUGUAGCUUAUGAAAAACUAAUGGGAAUGUUGCGACAGAAAGACUCCGGGGUGUCAUCCUCCACUACUGACACAGGGGAGGUGUGGACACCAGAUGCUGCCUUUUCAAGUCCAUUUGAAGCUUUAAGCCCAGAUGAUGGUAAAUUAAACUCAAGGGUUGUUUUUAAGUCGCAGGUUUUUACUGUGUAUUUUCCUUCACUUACAAAUACAUCGAAAGUCUUAUUGUCUUUGUACACAUUAUUCUCAGCUCUGGGUGUAUAUUUACAGAUAACUACAUGUAAGUAUGUGUGCUUUGGUAUUUUGUGUUUUAGAAAUGGGCUUGUGGCAGAAUGAAACAGCCAGAUUUAGUCCUGAAGUCCACUCUGAGCGGGAGAGCAAACAAGUGCUUGAAACGCAGCAUGUGGCGGCCCCAGGUAACAAACGUGUAAAAUAGAAUCAUUGAAGACUCUUUGGCCAUGUCACGUCACUCAUUCAUAUACUGCUGUCAUUUUAGAAAAUGGGCCUGUUUCGAAAGAGGAGAGAAAUCUUGCUGCAGGUCACAGGUGGGACACAGCUGAGGGCUCACAGAGUUUAGAUCCAGAAGCUGAACCUGCGGCAGGUUUGUCUGUCUUUGUGUCAUUACACUUUCUCUUUACCAAUCCAAAACAUCUUGACUAAGACAGCAUCUCUGCUCUUUGUUGAUGUUUGAGUCUGAUGUAGAGUCCUGUGCUGUGGUUGAAGUAAAAAUGCUUCUUAAUUAGCUGUCUGUAUUUUCCUCUGUUGCCUUCAUUGAAUUUAUCACCUUCACCUUCUGCAUCCUCCUUAAUCCGCCAAAUCCAUCUCUCACAUCCAUACACUCAAACAGCCACAGGACCUCCAAGCAGCGUGCCUCCUCGUACCUUCAAGUUAGGAUCAACAAGUCCAGAUUCCCACGUUAUCAAUACAUCCCAAGAGGCUCAUGAGGAGACAACCCAGCAGGACAAAAGUGAUCCAGAAGUUCAGGCCACACAGAAGGAACUGGAGGGUGUUUACCCAGAAGAGCUCGCAUCUGAUGUGCCAGCAAAUAAGGAGCAGCAGAACCAACCAAGACCCAGCCAGGGGGUGAAACCAGAACAGCCAAGAUGCAGUUCAAGACCUGACAAUGAUGGCGCUUCACUUGAGCUUCCAACGAUUCGAAUAAGUGAGCUUCAGUUUGAGCGUUUAGUGUGUUUGUUUUUCCAUUUUAUAAACUUGACUCUUAAUGUUUACUUGUUUGUCACAGGGGACCCAAACAGGCGCUGCAGUAACUUGUCCAUAUAUUUGGCUGUGAAGAACCUGAAGUCUAUAGGUAGGUGCAUCCAUUCUUUCCCAGCACAUCCUCUCCACCACCUCCGUGUUGAGAUGCCACAUUCCCUGUGUUUUCAUCAGGUCUGAACGCUGUGUGGGAGUGCAUAGGGCUGCUGCGAAAUUCAUUCUACCUGUGUGAGAGCUGCAGCGAGCGGCUCUUCAUCAAUGACAUCCUCAAACACAUGAUCAGUGAUGCGCACAAGCUCAAUCACAUGGUGAGCAAUGUCUCAUGUAUCUCAAUAAGGUUUUCUACUACGAAAAAGACACGUUUCUUCAUGUAAAGUGGAUGUUUUUCAGCGAAAGGCGUACAGUUGGUCCAUGGACUUCUGGGAGAAUGAGAUCUUGACUCAUGAUGAAAAACUGGACCUUUUGGGGAAAGUUGUGCAGCAAGUGUCAAACAGGGAGCACAUUCUCAAUAUGGAUGCACAGGUAGAUCAUAUUUAUCAUGCGCAUUAUUUUAAACAAACAAUUUCAGUUUUCAUGUACAAAGUAGAAUUACACCCCUCUGAUCGUUCUCACUCUGUUCUUUCGCAGGUUGCACUCCUGCCGCCAGAUUUGUUUGAACUUGUUAAAACAGCUCCAUUUACUGAAGGUAGUAUUUGAUUUUUAAAGUAACAGUCUUCAAAGUUUAUGGUCCAUAUAGAAAUACACCUAACAUCGUCAAAUGAUCCCUUUGCUCUUUCUAGCGUUGAAGUUUGUGCGGGACUUCACACUCAAAAAGAGCUUUGUCUCCCCUCUCAUCAGUACUUCACAAAGAAAGGGUGAGUUCUAGCCGACCCUACAGUCUCUUUUCUGUCCAGUUCUUACACACGGCUUUACUAAAGUGACCCCCUCAGACUGAAAAUGGCGAUGAAUGAUGAGGGUUUUGCUUUCUGAUGCUCAGACCAGCCUCCUGAUGUGCCACAUAAUGACCUUUGUUUUUCCUCUUCUCUGUAACUAUUUCUUCUUUUUGUUUUUAGAGUUACUCACCAUGUGAUCAUCAAGUUUGCAUGUCUUGAUAGAUCUUUCUUACCACAUGUAUCUUCCUGUUUUAAAGUUGUAUGAUCAACCACCAGACUGCUUUAUGUGGUAUUGUCUCACAUCUGUGGCUGUGCAGAUUCAGCAGUAUCCUAUUCUUCUUAUACCUCAUAUGUUAGUUUUGAUUAGACUCGUCCUUUGCCACCUGUCCUGUUAUGAGCACACACUAACUGAAAUUUGGUAACUCCGACUGUUAACACUCUCUUUGUUGCUGUUUCUCCUCUCUUUGGAAAGACAACUUGAUGGAAAAAUCUAUAAACAAGUUAUCAUGCUUUAGAUGAUUUUAGAUUAUUCUAGUUGAUUUAAACCUUUCAGAGUGAUUUCAAUAUGAUUUGAAUCCUUAAAGCUGAUCUUAAACUUUUAACCUUUUAGAAUGGGAUAUGAAAGUGUUGAACUUUGUGCCAUGUGCUGUGCAAAAGAUGUGAAAACACCGAUGUUCCUCAUUAUACAUGCCAUACAUAUGCAAAGAAUUAUGAAAGUAAUGAUGUUCCUCAUUUUGUAAGGUUAACUGAAACUGUUGCAAAGGUGACAGUCUCUUGAGUUUACAGAAGUGGAUGACUAUGCAUAAUCAUGAAAUAAAAGAAUGCUUUUGUGGAGGAACUGGCAGAGAGGGACUGACCGAGGACUCGAGCAGUUCUCCUCAGCCGUUCUUUCCUUGUGCAAGUAAAACGUCUUUUGGUUUGUUAAAUAUGUCCACUUGAACCUGACAUAACUGAGUGUAUGUUGUAAUUUUUACUUAGUACUCCUGUGAUUUAUGUGACAAUCCUAUUAAGAAAUACACAAGUAAAUAAUAAAAUGUCCAACCUCACACUGAAGAUGACUAUAAAUGAUGAGGGUUUUGCUUUCUGAUGCUCAGACCAGCCUCCUGAGAUGCAACAGAAUCAAGCAGGAUCCCAGUCCAAAGAGACGCAGUUUGAGCGGGCACCAGAGACAGACGAGACAAAUGAAAAAGGUGAGAAUGUAUUCAUCAAAUAAGAAUAUCAAAGUGUUUUCUCUGAAAUAUCACCUUCACUGAAAGACUGGACUGAAAGUGCUUGAAAGAGAAGCUUUGUCAUAUUUCUGAACAGUGGUACCAAGAUCCAACUUCAGAGUUUAACGGGUCUUAACAGUACUUGAAUAGUGUUGUAAAUCUACAAAAUGUGCUCCAUGCUCAAAAUGUAAAUGACUAAAAAUUUAUCACUUAAUUCUUCUUUUUUUUAGAUGUGGGACAAGAAACAGAAAAGCCGCCUUUGAACAAAGUCACCCCGAGAGAAGUCUUGAGUCCUCCGGAUGAGACUAGUGUCUACGCAGAAGCUGAUUCUGACAUUGCUCUGAUUCCUGAGGCUGAUAUGUGUCUCGGUCCCAAAGAGACCAACAGCAGCCAAUCAGAGCUCAGAUCAGCAGCCAGUCAACCCUCCACAGAGUCACAAGUGAAACAGACCACGGAGUGCUCAGAAUCGCUGUCUUCUUGCAGUGAUGGUACAACAAUCAGUCUGCCUCUUACCAGAAAAAGGACACCUGAUUUGUCUGUUGAAGCACUUGCCAGAUCUUGCACCAGUGACCCUCAACAUGAGGAGCCUUUGCCCCCUAAAAGGACAUGCAGCUCACUUCAGCCAAGCACUAAAUCAGCCUCUGAGUCUGCUCCUGCUGCAAGCUUCACUUCACUCCUGCUGUCCGCUCAGGACAGAAAUACAGGAGUCCCUCUGAAGAACAUAACUUUGGGUCAUCUCAUUUCUCUAGUGAAAAAGCUCAGAUCAGAUCAGCAAACAUCUCCCCGUAAGGCAGCUCACACAAAAGACGCUGAGACUUCUACAUCGAGUGCAAACAGCCCACUCGAAGAUGUUGUGAAAAACCAAAGGGAUCCAGAGUUUGAGCAGACUACAUCUAAAGUGGGGAGGUGGGAUUCAGAAGUUCCGCUCCAUAGAGCUGGAGAUGGUACCGUUUUACCGUCUGCCAACUGUGCUGACCCCAGUGACCAACAAAACAAUGAAACUGUUGAUGCUCAAAUUAAGUGCGCAAAACUAAGCCCACUCAUAGCUAGUCCUGAAUGUGAAGACACCAGUCAGAACCCACAUCCAGCAGUGAAUGCAGAGCCAGGCAACAGAGAGGUUCCUCAGCUUCCUAUUAAUGCCAGAGUAACUCUCAGGUCAGAACCCGCCCAGCUGCAGCUCAUGGGACAAGGACACACACAGGGCUACUCUGUGGCAAACAGUGGAGCUGCUCACAGUUUGCCUCACCCCGGUUACACUCAGGCAACUCCAGCGGGGUAUAAUCAAGUCAGCCAAACAGCUUCUGUUACAAAUACAAAUACAAAUUCCUAUGAUCUCACUACUGGAGCUACUGGCAGCGUCACAACUUCAGCCCAUCCAUUUGCAUACGCUCAGAAUUUAUACCAAGGUGGAGGGUACGCUGCAAGAGCAUUCUACCAAAGCCUGGAUUGGGGGAGUCUGGAUAUCAGGAAGCAGCAGCAGUUAUUGUGGCAACAGCAGCAGCUAAUGCAACAGCAGUAUUGGUAUCCUUCAUGGACAAGUGCUUAUACAGCAAGAACAGGGACCUACGGGACCGCCUAUCAGGGUUUCUCUCAACUGUCCAGCCAACAGCUCGCAAACUUUUACCAAUAUGGAGACGUUCAGUACCAAAAUAAUCCAAAUCCACAGCAACAUGACACAAAACAGCCCUGAGUUUUCCCCAAGCUCUGCUCAAUCACAAUCCUCCUCCAGCCAGCAAUGAAGCCAUACCUCAGGGUUCUGCAGACCGUCUUCAUCUCGGGCCAUAGAUGUUUAUUAAGUUAACACCAGAUCUUAGAACUGCACUUUAAGUUAUUUGCAGCAGACACAUGUAAAUUAUUAUUAAUUUGGAUAUGCAGUAUUUGUUCAGGUUAACAUGCAGAAAAAGCAACAAAUGAGCCUUCAAGGCUCUUUUCUGUUUUAAAGUUUAGGAUGGAAUAUUUUUGGCAGCUUUCUUUUAUGAGUUUUCAACUUUUUAUGUGUUCGUUUUUUAUAAAGAGUCAUUAUUUUAUGUUGGUCUUCUGUUCAUUGUGAAUAAAAUGUUAUUUUCUCAAUUUUGUUUGGUAUUUCUUUUGUAUUUCUUUGUUUUCUUCAGACAGAUAUUGAUGUGUAAACAUUUCCUUUAUUAGGACAGUUUGACCUGAAUGCAUAAAGAACCUCUAGGUGACACAACCCUUCCCACUUAAAACCCUGCAGCCAGUCGGUCUUUAUGUUGCUUAUUUCUGGUAAACUUGCAAACGCCAUUUCAAAUCAUUUACAUCGCUGAAAAAUGAGUUUGGAUUAGAAAAUGAAGAUCUAUAUAGAUAUUUCCAAUUAAGACACUUUUAUGAGACAGAAGUUAAGAGGGAAAUUUCUGUGGAGGGGAAUGAUGUGAUCGAAAUAUUAACAGGCGCGUUCAAGCAAACCCCCUUCAGAAUUGUCUCAAAGCUAUACAAAGGUUUGUUGAAGCAACAGGGAAGAAACACAAUGUAUAUAAAAGAGAAAUGGGAAAAGGAACUCGGCAUUUAAUUAUCUGAGAGUGAUUGGCAGACCAUGCUCAAGACCCAACAUACAUCAACAAGUUCUAAAACAUAGAGGGAGUUCGGUUGGAAAAAUUUGACACGUCUAUUUAUUACACCAAAAAUCAAAAAUAAACAAUUAGGUCAACAACAGCAUUGUUGGAGACAAUGUGGGCAACUGAAUGCCAACCACUCUCAUAUAUUUUGGUCAUGUACGAAAAUACAGACAUUUUGGGAUGAGGUCCUGAGAGUCAUGGGUAAAGUUUUUGGAUAUAAUUUACCCAAAGAUCCCCGGUUUAUUUAUCUUGGACUGAUAUUAGAAGAUGUAAUGGGUAAAGAGGACAUAUACCUGUUCAAGAUCCUUUCUCUUGCAGCUAAGAAAGCCAUCACAAGAACUUGGCUAAGAACUGAUCCACCUGAACUGAGUGACUGGCUGACCAUUGUAGAGGAAAUCCGAUCAAUGGAACAAAUGACUUACAGACUACGAAUUAAAGCUGAGCUAUAUGCUGUAAGAUGGACUAAAUGGCACCUGUAUGUAACUGAGUAGUGUUUGCCCCCCUUGUUCUUGUUCUUGUUUUGUUUUGUUUUGUACAGUAUUUGCGUGUAUGUUUGAAAGUUUGCCUUAAAAGAUAAAAAUAAAGUUUAAAAAAAAAAAAAAAAAAAAAAAAAACUUGCAAACGCCAGAUUUAGUACUGUGUAUUAAAAGAGAGUGACGUAUUUUGUUAUGACACUAAAGUCCAGAAAGCUGAAAUUCUCAAACGAGAAGAGAAGAGAGCACGCCUGGCGUUUUUGUCUCAAGGCUGGGUCACAGCAUGUCCUCCUCCCCCUCGUGUGGACUUAUCUGAGGCCAGAACAACUGCACACUUAAAAACUCAUCAAGGUCAGACCUCUAGGUAACUUCCAGGACACAAAAUUUUCAUGCACUAAGUAUCCUCUUUUUCUCGCAAUUGAAUCCAUUUUGUAACACAGAUUGCACUUCAAGAGUAAAUUGUAAGGUUACAAGGUAUAAAGUCACAAUCCAAAGCAGAGCCCCCCUCUCUGAUUUCAUUACAACUCCCACCUACUGGAGCUUUGCAUGUUCGAUAAAAGUAGUACAAUUUAACUCCCUGCUUCAUUUUUUUUUUUUUACAGUGCAGAUGAUUUGCUUACAUUCUUGAGUUAAUUAUAGCAAAGGUUCAACACUAGGCUGUAUGUAGCACAAAGACCUAUGCUGCAUGUUCAGCCGCCAAAAAGUACCAGUUCUUCAUGUCCCUGUGUGAAAGUCCAUGCAACUAAAUACUGGCAGCUACAGGCUCCACUCCUUCCUGGGGAAAAAAGGGAACCCCCUACCCCCCGUUCAGCAUUGCAUGACUCCUAAAAUAUACUGUGCUGCCAUGACUGUCAGCCCAUUUUGUCUAUGACAUCAACAGAAGUGAGAAGCCACAUAUACCUGAUCCACAUCAUGCCGGUGUUUGUUACUCAUGUGAAGAUGUAACCAAGAUCUGAAGACACUAAAGUCUGUAAAACUUUAAAUCAAGUGGACCCUCCAUUUAUUUUUUGUUGAGUAUGGUCUUUGGCUUGGCAUCUUUUCACCGGCACUGUGUUGUGUGAAGUUACAAUGAUUUAUGUGGUCUUACUGGUACUUUUGACCUGUGCCCCUGGACCUCACAGACUGGAAUAUGAGCAUUCUAUUUGUAGGGCAACAGGAAAAAAAACCCAACUGAUCGUGAUAUUUUCCUUCCACUGAUAAAACAUUUCAGUAUUUUAUUUAUCUUUGAAUAAUAUGUUUAUGCGAUGUAAAAGAUCUCAGCAUCAGAAAACGGUCCUGUUGGAUUCAGUAAAGUUCGUUGUGGAUUCCUUAAGUGAACUGGAACC